AUGAAAGAAAACCUUCAUCUUUGUAAAAUCAAGGGAAAGCUGUGCGGUUCGAGCCAGGAACCGGAACAGGAAUCUUUCUCUCCUCAGAUUUUAGGCUUAUACAACUUCCGAGACAUUGGGGGCUACGAAUUGGCCGGCAACAAAGCCGUGCGAAGAGGAUAUCUCUUCCGCUCAGCCAAUCUGAGGAACGUCUCCCAAGCUGGAGUUCAGGCUUUGGAAGAACACUUCGGUAUCAGAAACAUCUUCGACCUCUGUUCAGACAAAGUCUCAAACAAGACAGCCAUUGCCAUCGAAGGCGUUACCACACAGCAUGUUCCCGCCAUAAGUUGGGAAGAGAGCCGAGAAACGCUCCUUAAACAUUUCAACCGGCUUUCUUACGACGUAGUCGAAAGCUUCAUGGUGAUCUAUGAGCACUACUGUACCGUGUCUGCCCCUGCGUACAGAGCGAUAUUUGCACACAUCCGGGAUGGAUUCGACCUCCCACUUCUUGUUUACGACGACUUGGGAAAGGACGAGACGGGAGUCGUCAUUGCAGUUGUCCUUAAGUUGCUGGGUGUGUCGGAUGAAGAUAUCAUCGAGGAGUAUCACCGUUCUGAGGCUGAAAUUGAGGGACUGGUCCCUGAGAAGAGUGCGAGACUUCCUGGGCUGUCUAUCUUUGAUGGCUGUCCACCUGAGAAUUUUGAAAAGCACUUCCUGGCACCAAGAGAGGUCAUGAGAGCGUUCCUUGUGUACCUUGACCUGACGUAUGGUGGAGGCGAAGGAUACUUGAGGUUUCUGGGAUUUGUUGAUGUUGAGAUCGGACUUAUCAAGAACAAUCUUAUUGAGAGCAAGUCUGCGUGA